AUAUAUAUAUAUAUAUACAUAUAUACGUAACCUCCUUGCAACUUUAAAUUUCCAUUUGACUGUAUAAACGACAAAGGAUUCCUAGCUAUUAAGUGAAAUAUCAAUUUUCAAGUAGGGAAAAUGCAAUUGUAUCGUAUGGCCAUAUUGCGAUUAUUCGUGCCCUCUGUCCGAUUUUAUGCCUAAUCGGAAUUCGAAAUUCCUGUCAAUUCCAGUUUUCUAACCUUUACAACGGAUGUCCCGGUAUUUUGUAGUUUCAAAUUCAGUCCUUCAUUAGUAAUAGUUUAAUCGCGUAAAAUAAUAUGAUGUCGCGGUCUGUACGAGCAGAGACUCGUAGUCGUGCUAAAGAUGACAUUAAACGUGUAAUGCAAGUUGUUGAUAAAGUUCGUCAUUGGGAAAAGAAGUGGGUAACGAUAGGGGAAACAACUAUGAAAAUUUAUAAAUGGGUACCUAUUUCGACCCUUGACCAGAAGAAAAAGGGAAAAACUGGAUCAGAUAAGGAAAAUGGUUUACCUAGGAAAGGAGGAAUAGAUAAUUCUAAUUCAAAUUUUGGCCUAACAGAAGACUCAAAUACAUGUUUUUCCACCGUUAGUGAUUCUCAAGGAUUAACCGACUUUUCAGCACAUUUAGGAUUUUCUGAAGAUUCUAAUUCUCAAAAUAGUGAACCAACACCUAAGAGGUUAAAGACUGAUUAAAAAUUAUACUCGCAUAUACAAAUUGAAGAAUGAAAUGUUUAAUAAUUUUUUAAUUUCACAAAUCUGCACAUAACAGGUUUACAUUAAAAAAAUAAUCUCUUAGAUACAUGGAAUAAACACUGUUUAGAGAAUUCUAUACUUCGUGAGUUUAUAUGGCACGAAGUGUUUUCUAAAUGAAUGAAAAAAUAGGAAAAUUUCUUCUUAUAUUUCAUUUAUAUUUAGCAAAAUCUAUUUGAUAAUGUAUCAUACAAGAAGCUAUAUCUUGAAGACAUUUUAAAUUAUGUAAAGUAAGUUUUAUUUUUUUACAUAUAAAUUUAUUAAAUGAAUUUUCUAAGUGAAUUUAAAUAAUAGGAUCAAUAAUAUUUUGAUUUAGUAGAACAAUUUUUACUGAAUGUGCAAUCCAUUUACUAGCAUUCAAAUUUUUUGUUAUAAUAAAAAAGAAAAACAAAUCAUUAAUGGCCAAAUUGUAUCUCAAAUGUAUUGUACAUUCAGAAUGAUUGCAGUAUUAUAUUGUUUUUGCAAUAAAUCAUGUUCUACGUAAUUCAAAUGCAGUGCUUAAAAAAUCUUUCUUCAAAAAACUCAGAAUCUAAGAUUGUGUAAAAUAUAAUAUUUUAAAACACAUGCGUAUUAUUUUUUAAAUUAAUAACUUUGAAAUGAGAAUGUAUUAUUAUACUUCAUUGUACAUAUUUCAAACAUCGUGUUACACGUCGAUUAAGAUUUUAAGGUCACUUGCAUUCCUUCACAUUUUAUUAUAGCACCGUGACAUGUACAAAAUAAGCUUUCUCUCAUAAAUAAAAUAGAGCAAAUCAUGUGUA